UUUUACGUGGUUAUCGUGGACAUGCUCUCGCGCAUGCUCUUCGAACGUGGUGGAAAGCCUCAUCGUCACGAAUACGCUCUUGUAUUCGUUGUAAAUACGAAUGCCGAAUGCUCGCUACCGAAAAUAAUCACGCGAGGACGUUGUUGCGAUUUCAGGCCGCUUCUUCCGCGGCUCUCUUGACGCCGCCAAACGUAAAAAAUGCAUUCCCACCGCGAACCUUCGAGAUAUUCGCCGCAAGACCUAGCGAUAUCCCUUAACACGAAUAUUCGUAAUAACAUCGGUUUCAUUAAUAAUUAAACGUACGGUAAAAUACCAUCGGUCGUGUGCUUACUUCGUGUUGGAUCAACGAUAGAGGAUCAAACAAGUAAAUUGUUACUGAUGUGUAACGAAAGAGUGAUACAAAAUUUGGUGCUGUUCAUUGUUCGUCCCCGUUACCUUGACUUCAGCUUCGAAGAUAAAAGACAUUAUAGUUAAAUACUUCAGCAGUGACUGUCAUUCUGUAUUGUGUUAAUUUCAAAUUAAAUAAAUGUUACAAUUUCUAAAUAUGCCAAACUUUGUUACCAGAGGUGUCUAAAUUCGAUUCGGUGCUACGCCUAUAAUGUCCAUGAAAAAAGAUGUAUUCUAAAAUUAGAUUACUCAGAUAUAUUUAGAAUAUUAAUAAUUCAAUUGACAAACUCGAGAAAGAGAAAGAGAGAGAGAGAGAGAGAGAGAGAGAGAGCGAACAGCGUAAAACGCACAUGUAAAACGCGUUGGUAAACGUAUUAGAUAAAACUAGCCAAAUGGUGGAUAAUGAGAAGUUUACUGAUCACAGUGGUCAAAAGACCGAAAGAAAUAUCGGUCGACCAUGCACGAGCCACGUUAACGAACAAAAGACAUUCAAAGCCAAACACAAAGUGGAUGAGAGUGAUUUACCUGUACCUCCACCGGAUCCAUGGGCGAGCCUAUGGCGUCUGCAAAAUACACGAAAUCAGGCGGAAGUAGGACAGAGUCGAAACGUCGAUGAAGACGAAGACAUAAUCGCCUACUUGACGGAUUUCGGGACGUUGCCGUUCGAAGGUCAAACCUCGGAGUGUCCUUCGAGAAAUUCUGCUAUGUCUGCAAUGGCUAUUUCAAGUCUUUACGCGGAAGACGCCUUCGAGCAGUUGGAUCGUCUGUAUGCUUUCGCCGAGGAAAUUCUCGAGCUCAGGGAUCGCAAUUCCAAAUUUUUUAGACGCGUCAGGAAUUUAGAGCGACUGAAAGUACUCCGUAAUGCCAAUCAGAAGUUGGAAAAUGCUUUCGAGCGAGACAAGGACGCGACGAUCAACGUUUGCGAGGAGGAUACUGGAUUCGCAGAAUCCUUGUUAGACGCUAUGUUAUCGAAUUGCAGAGAUUCGCCAUUUCAAAAGCGGAACAUUCGAUCGUCCUCGUCGAGACAAACGAGAAAUAAAUUCGACAUCGACAAGCAAACGUCGACAGAUGAAAUUUCUGGGAGCGCACCGAAAGUUUCAAAGUGGACCAGGGUUAAAGCUGCUUUCAAGUGGGAAAGGGCUUAUACGAACGAUACGGAAGUAAUAGAUCCAUCGAUGACAACGAGUACGUCAUCGACGACCACCGCCUCUCCCUCCACUCCAACGACUAAAUAUCACAGAAAUCCAGAUGUUGAAGUUAAGGAAUCGAACAAUACGGCCACUUCGUCACCCGUUAACGAACCUUGUAACACAGGCACGCUCUUUGGUGGAACUUCAUCUCCAUCUUCGUUCAACGAAGGAUUUUAUGAUUGUUCGCAGAAAAGUGCUUUAAAUCAUUUAGAUUACCAAUCCUUAAAGAGAAAACCUAAUAAAAAGGCAGAUUAUGGAAAUUGGCAUAGCAAAUCUCUCGAUGAUAAUAUCCUUAUACUGGACACUUUGCAAGUUAAUGAAACGGGUCUAACAAAUGAGAUCGGACAAGGAAAACCAUUAAUUCGGAUUACAUCGGAUAACGAUCACGCGACGUUAUCGUCGAAUAAAAUAGACGAAAAAGAUACGGAAUCGACAUCAAAGAGAUCAACGCCAACUUUAACUAUUACGAUACCUUCACACGAUGAGGACAACAGAUACAUAUCUUCCCCGGAAUCAAACUCACCACUCUUUUUUAAUACAAACACCUCUGCCGGAAAUUCUCCACAGCCCAGGAAGACAUACCGAGACCUGUCUAUAAACAAGGAUUUUAAACGGCAGCGAUCAUAUGGUGGAGAAUCAGCGAUUCUUCCCUCAAAAGCACAGAGAUCAGACUCCAAAUGGAACAAAGUCAGACGAGCGUUUCUAACGAAUUCAACUUCAAGCAUCUCAUCGAAUUUCAUCAACGUCGUUUCCAGACAGAUGCUUUUUCAAGACGGACUGGAAGCAUCAAUCGGCUGUAGUCAUAACGACAGCGUGGAAAAUGUCGAGAAGGCAACACCGUCGAACGCGCAAGUGGACACACGACGAGAUUACCGAGCUCUUAGGGAAAAACUGGGAACCGAAUUCCACCAAAAACUGAUCGAAUGGGAACGUUUAAAAAAUCUUCCACCUCGCGUUGCCACGAAAGAAGUUCGUGAAAUUUCGCCCAGUUUGCCAAGUCCCCGUGAAAGUUUAUUAUCUGAAGAAAGAUUAGCUCCUGAAUUUAGGAAGAAGCUGCAGGACUGGAAACGCGCAAAGAAAGUACGACGAGGAAGUGCUCCUUUCGAACAACAGAGGAUCAAACGACGUCGUUUGACCGACUGGCAACUUUGGAGAUCUCCUUCGAAAACUGAGCACAGAAAUAGAGAGAUCGCAACCCCGCAAGUUAACAGUGAAUGUGGAGACAUCGCUAACGACGGGAAGUCUCAGCUCUGCGAUGAUUUUCCACGAAAAAUAGAAAAUUCGAAGAGAACGAACGAGACUGGCAAUAAUGAUUCCCAAUACUCGAUACGAUCGAAAUCGCAUCAACAUAGAAUCGCGUCUGGCAUAGAUGAAACCGAAUUUUUCGUUCUAGAAAGGUUACUAUCAUUUUUUAAUAAUAAUACGAUUAAAGAGAGACGGGGGUGUGACGCUCAACAGUUGGAAGAGUGUUUUGAUGCAGAUUCAAGAUCAUAUGCCGAUGGAACACAGAGUCUAAACGAUAGCAACGAAGUUUUCGUACGAACGUCUGUCGGAUCCUACCGAUUCGAAGGUAUUUCACGAGAAUUCACAAGAAAACUAUACGAUUGGGAACGGUAUCGUGGAAUAUCGCCCACAUCCUCGACCUUCCGCCUCCUAGGACCCGGUUAUAUACCUUCUCUGAGACGAUCGACUAUCGAAACAUCAACGAAUUCAGCCACAAGUAAUUAUUUAGAAGCUAGAAGCAACGAACCGGUAUUGUUGAAAGGCGGCUGUUUGAAGAGAUCGAAAUCUGUCGGCGCCAUGAUCGAGAAAACUGAUCAAACUGCAUUUUUUGUACGUCGUUCGAACAGCUUACAGUCAUUGGAUCAUCUCACGAAUAGAUUGAAAGAUUUGGAUCGCGUCGAUAUCUUGCCAGAUACUAUCGAUUCUCGGAGAACAGAGGACGUAGCCGAAGAUAUAAUGGAUGACUCCGAACCGGAGGCGAUGAUCGUAGACAUCGAAGACGUUAUCGAGGAAACUGCAAGUCCCCUGGAGAGGGUGCAACCUCAUCAAACACCGGUAUACUCGGUUGCAGCGAGCGAAACCACUAGUAUCGCCGUACCACUCGGUACAGUCACUUCCAGUCACGAACCAUCCCCGGUAUUUUUGAUCGAGAUCGAGGAAAAUUCUGAUCACAAUCUUUGGAAAUCUAACAAGUGGAAUCAAAGGAAAAGUUUCUCGAGCGAAGACAGUCUGAGUCUGGAACAAUCUGAAAUGACGAAAUCUUGGAAUAAUGAAAAAAUCUGCCCGAACAAUGAAGAGUCAGAGCAUUGGUUCUCCACAAGUUCAACGAGUAAAAAGCAGAUGUCUGGUAUUAAAGAAGAGUUGGACAAAGAUUCUGUCAAAUCAAGUAGUUCGAUUUGUUCGACAGAUGAGGAUACAGAAUCUAACGUUAUAAAAGAAGAAAAGAAAAUAGAAGAUCAAAGUCGCGUUAAUUUCGAAAGAGAAGAUGUUCCUGUAACAUCAUCCGUCGAUGAAGAAGCAAUUGGAAGAGACGUGGAGAAGCAUGUAUCUGAUGAAACGAACGAAAACAAAACUAUCCGUGAAUGGAAUCUUGGAAAUCGUUCUAUUUUUGGUGCAGGCAUAAAAGAAACAAUGGAGUUAUCGAGCGAAAAGGAGCACGAGCAACGAUCUGAUAACCAAGCGGUAGGAAAGGAUGAGAGCGGCAAUAGUGGAAAAGACGGUGCUGAAACAACGAAUAAGCCCAACAACGAAUACGAGGAAAUAAUCCUGGCAACCAGCGAUCCUUCUCGUUGCUCUUUAACGAAUAUGCAGUCAAUGGCGAAUUGUAAAAAAGAAACGACCUUAAGUUUACCAAAAACACCGAACGCUUGUGAAUUAGAUGAAGUCAAGCCUACCACGCGUGAAGUAGAUCUUUUUUACGCCAAUCGGAGGGACGACAGUUUAAAGAAAAUCGAAGAAAAUUAUGGUAUAGUCGAGGAAGAAUUAGAUAUCGGUCAUGAUACAUCAGAAACGAAAUUACACUUAAACAACUAUAAAUCCACCAAAUCAUUCGUCGAGUAUUCAAACCGUGAGAAACAAGAUUGUACGAUAGACGCUACAACGAACGCACGAUCGGUCGAGAGAAAAAAAUGGCGAGAGUAUCGUAAUAUCGAAAAUGUUUCGACGUCUUCACAGUCAUCGAGUACAAAUUCUUGUACACGCGAAUGUCGUCGCGAACCGACCAUCGAAACAACUGCUUACACGGUCGCGCCAAGCCGCGAGGAACGUUGUUUCGAGAGAAUCAUCAUCAAUGAGGAAACUUUGAACAAGAUAGUCGUGCCCACAGCUAGUACAGGCUGCGUCGAAAAAACAAAAUCCUCGAAAACCCCGGUGGAACGUGCUACAAUUGAGAAUUCCGAGAGCAGUCGUCGAUCAAGCAGCGAUCAUUACGUUCCGACUAAUCAAGAAGCGAAUGUUAAAAAGCAAGUUUCCAGCUCACCGACACGAAACGUUUUCAUUAGGACGAAACGUAUAAUAUUCUCUCCGUUUCGACGCUCGGAAGAGCAUUCGGCUAAAAAGGAGGACACUUCCGAGAACGAUCAGGUAUUUACAAGGAAAAGCAAAAGCAAAUCCAGAUCAGGAUCCCCUAAAGUAACUCGUCAAGAUGCACUUUUGAGGAUGUCCCUUUCGUUGCCUUGGCCUCUUCGCCCAUCCUCGAAGGAUCGCGAAGCCAAGGAAACGAAGGUCGAAGGAAAUGGCAAGGAGGAACGGGCAUCUAUCGAGAAACCAACCUUCGAACGAUGCAAAUCCGUGGAGAGCUCGAGAAAAUCGUCGAUCAGCGAAAGUAACGUGUUUCCAAGAGAAACGAAGCGAGAUAGAGCUUCGUCGACCGAAUUGCCAGGAAGAAAUGGCGAGUCUAAACAAGCCGCCGUACAGAAGAGUCAACGAGCAGACGUCUCGGUGCAAGCAAAGCCAGGCGAACAGCAAAAUCAAGCCUCUUUCGGAAUUAGCUUGCCCAGUUUGAAGACCCAGGUUGACGAGAAGAUCAAAGAUGCGUCUUCCUCGAAAUUCGAUCCGCAGUCUUCCGAUCUUAUUCAUAAAUUGACGAUUCUGUCCAACGUGGUAGCGAGAAGAGACGGUCGAACGAACACGAUUUCCGAAGAUACGUCUCUAGAAUCGCACUCGUUAAGGGUACGUCGUGCGAAGGAAGAUUUCUUGUCGCGUCGCGGUGGUCCGCUUUGUCAUUCCGUGCUAGAAUCUCCAUCGACCAAACAUCAAGUUUCUUCGAGAACGUUUCCUCAUCAUUACGAACAGAUCUCGGAAAAUCAAGAGAAGGUGACGAACGAAAGUGUAUCGGAUGUAAAUCAUACGCUGAACUCAUUGUCGAACGAGGCAUCAGACAAUCGUGGUGCACAAGAGGAAGCAACGAAUGGGAAAAAGGUUGAACAAUUUAUAAACGAAUACAAUGCGAAUGAGUUGUCGAACAGUCCAGUUUCUCGUCCUGAUCGUGUAAAAUCUGCCAGUGCCGGAAUGAUAAACGUUGAUCCGGAUACUUUCGUGCGUCUCACGGAAGCUAGUCGUGGAUGUGAGUCUCUUCCAAGGUCGAUCUCGAAGCAGCAACAGCCCUUAGGAUCGUUUGCAAAAAUUGUUAACAAAUUUAAAUUUACACGAUUGAUACGCGGCAAGGAUAUACAGGAGGAGAAUAUGAGCACUAUUUCGAAAUUGUGCAGACAAAGUUUGUUAAUCGACGUUCGAAACGAUUUUGAUAAGUGCUGGGAAUCCAGCGAUCGUGAGAAGACUUCCAAACAGGAAAGUGUAGGGAGAAGUAAGAAAAAUGAAUAAUCGUGGCUUCUAAAUUUAAUUUUCCAAUUAGUAGGAAGACAGACGAUUGUUUGAAGAAAAGAAUUUUUCGGAUAGGAUAGUCAUCCUUUCUUAUAGCGAUUAUUUUACAAUACCAUAAAUAAUUCAAAUCAAGUUUCAACUUUUGCGACACUUUUACUGCCUUCUAACUUUUAAAGUAUCACUUAUUUCGUGUCAAUAGUUAUGUCUUCUUUUCCAUAGUAUUAUACAGAAAAUGAUAACACAUGUAAUAACAGUAUCACGUGAAACUAAUAAAGAAAAUAUACGGUGUUAGUGAUAAUAGAA